AUGGGUGCAGCGGAGGGGCCAGGAGAAAAUAACGCCCUGCCUCCCACAGGUACGUUUGCCCUCUUCUCAGCCCCAGACAGCCGCCAGCUGGCAGCAGGGGCAGAGGUGAAUGGGGGGGACCUGUAUUUCGUGGCAUGGGAACUGUGGCGAUCAUCCUGGUUCACCCAGCCGGAGAUCCGAGAGAAUUGGGGUCUGUGUCUCAGUGUAUCAUUUCAGCCGGUGAAACUAGCAUCCUUAGCCCACACAGCGGACUUGGAGCUGGCUGAGAUCCCUGCAGCGUGGUCAGGCAGGGGAGCUGCACAGGCGAGACUGUCGUCGAGCCACGCCAGCCUGCUUCCAAGUGGUGGCCCAUAUCCAUCUACAAUCAUACAGCGAAAAAGAGUCAUUGAAAACCAGUCGAGCUUGACCAACUUGAUUUGGGAUGACACAGCAUCAAGAACCCUUGGAGAGCUGAAGAACCUGACCAUCUCUAGGAGGCAGCUGCAGAAGUCCCAUUGCACCCGAUACUUCCAGACCAGCUCGGGCUUCGAUCUACCUGUGCCAGGACUCCCCCACCCCACCCCCCCUCCGGUCAAGACAGCCCGGCUGGGGAGCCAUGAAUCCUGGCUGGUGUGGCCGCGCUCUGGGGGCCUCGUGGUGCCUGAGCAGCGGGGCCUCCCUGCCCCAUGGACGCCCGCCGCCUCGUCCAGCCCAAAUCCAGAGCCCACCUUUCUCCCCGCAGGCGUUCACCACAUCAAGCGCCGAGACAUCGUCCUGAAGUGGGCGCUGGGGGAGGGGGCCUUCGGCAAAGUCUUCCUGGCAGAGUGCCACAACCUGAGUCCCGCCCAGGAGAAGAUGCUGGUGGCAGUCAAGGCCCUGAAAGAAGCCACGGAGAGCGCCCGCCUGGACUUCCAGCGGGAGGCCGAGCUGCUGACGGUGCUGCAGCACGAGCACAUCGUCAAGUUCUACGGGGUCUGCACGGAAGGCGAGCCCCUCGUCAUGGUCUUUGAAUACAUGAAGCACGGAGACCUCAACCGCUUCCUCAGGUCCCACGGGCCGGACGCAAAGAUCCUGGACAACAACGGCAGCGGCCAGUCCUUCGGCCAGCUGGACCUCAGCCAGAUGCUGCAGAUCGCCACGCAGAUCGCCUCCGGGAUGGUGUAUCUGGCCUCCCUGCACUUCGUCCACCGCGACCUGGCCACCCGCAACUGCCUCGUGGGCCACAGCCUGGUGGUGAAGAUCGGGGACUUCGGCAUGUCCCGAGACAUCUACAGCACCGACUACUACCGGGUCGGGGGCCGGACCAUGCUGCCCAUCCGCUGGAUGCCCCCGGAGAGCAUCCUCUACCGGAAGUUCACCACGGAGAGCGACAUCUGGAGCUUUGGGGUGGUGCUGUGGGAGAUCUUCACCUACGGGAAGCAGCCGUGGUACCAGCUCUCCAACACCGAGGCAAUUGAAUGCAUCACGCAGGGGCGGGAGCUGGAGCGCCCCCGGACCUGCCCCUCGGAGGUCUACGACAUCAUGCAGAGCUGCUGGCAGAGAGAGCCACAACAGCGGUGGACGAUGAAGGACAUCCACAGCCGGCUGCAAGCCCUGGCCAAGGCCCCUCCUGUCUACCUGGACAUCCUCAGCUAGGAGUGAGGUGGGGGGGAACAAAGUGCUUCUCCAGUCCCCCCACCCCCAAGAUCAAACAUCCUGGCUCCAAAAACUGGACUCCCACUAGUGCUUCUGCUGAGAGUCUAGCUGAGGUUCCCCUCCUCUGUGCCCGGGACUUGCGGGGGUGCCGGUGCUGCCGUCUUGGUCCGCUUCUCUGCCGAGACCCUGCAAGAGCUGCGGAGGACAGAUUCUCAGACAAGAACUGAACUCUGGCCGCCUCUGCCUUCGCAGCCAUUUGCCCUGGAUGGCGGACAGACACACGCAAGCAGAGGGCUGUGGUCAGUGGGAGGGGAGGUUUUCCAGGCCGUGUGUUUGUGAGUUUGUGUGUGAGUUGCAGACACUGGUUGUGGGGGUGCCAUCCUUUCCCCCGGGAGUGGGUUGGAGUCGAAGCUGUCUUGCAACUGAGAAAUACUUGACUAUUUACUGUUCUGAGCUUUAGCUGUAUAUUAUACCAUUAUACCCCUAGCUUCUGAGAAGGGAUGCCGUGCAAAUGGAAAGCUUUCAUGGAACGGGGUGCUUUGGCAGUGCAG